GCAGAGGAUAUCAACAUUCUGAUACUGUUUUGUACUAUAUUUGUAACAUCAUAUUUCUGAAUAUCCUUAAAGGGCAACUGGUGGAUUUGUGGUGAAAAGGAGAGCUAGGGAGAGAGAGGGAGAGGAGAGAGCAGUAUCUGUUACCAGGAAAACUCCUACCGUUGUGUCACUGGGAAACCUGCGGGCAGAUGUGAUGCUGGAGUGAUGCAGACACUGGACACUGAGGCAGAUUGUCAGACACUGCGCUGAACACGACAAUUAGAGGCUUGUUGCAGCCCUGAAAAGAUGGUGGGACUGAGAAACUGCUCUACAUGGGAACCAUUGCUACUCAAGGCCUCCUGCAUUAAGUCCUGUGCCAACGGCUGCUCCCUGGGCAUGACCGCACACCUUACCUACGCUAAUGCUGACAUAGAGUCUGUAGAAGGUGUGUUUGUGUACCCUCUCGGGGAAAAUGAGGUUGUGGUGGGCUUUGAGGCUGUGAUAGCGGGCCGGAUGGUGGGGGUCCAGAUCCAGAGCCGAGGGAAGCUGAAGGACUGCUGUUUGGAUUGCUGCCCUGGAUCUGGUCUUGAAGGCCACUGUGGGAAUGGCCGGGAGUGGGGGUGCUGCGGGAGCUCCAGCCUCGACAUGCAGUGCACCAACGGACAUCUUAUCCUGGACGAAGACCUUGAGAGAACCACCUUCAUCGUGGGCACAGGCCUCAUUGGCCCCAUGGAUAUAGUGUCUGUUAUCAUAAGCACCACACUUGAACUCCCCACGUUAGAAAAUGGAGCAAUCCGCAUCAUUUACCCCACAUUGCUGACUCCGAUCGUCACUGGCCAGAUGACUACAAGCAAGAGUGAAAGUGGAGGGAAAUCUGAAGAAACGGGACCAACCAGUUGUUUCAGUGCCAACUCAGGAAAACAGGACCGGGCCCUAGACUCUGAGCAGCAGUGUGCCCACGCCAUCUUCACCAGUCCUGCUGCCAACCUGGCCCCUUAUGAACUCAACUUCCAGCUGCUGGUCAGAGGGGCCUGUCUACUAGCUGGACUGGAGAGCCCCACUCACGCUCUGAGGGCAGAUGCAGACCCCAGUGCCAAAAGUGCCUCUGCGACCUACAUCACCUUGGCCCAGGAGCAUCCAUAUGACAGACACAUAGAGAUCAUUCUGCACCUCAGUGAACCUCACAGCCCAUUGGUCAUACUGGAGAGAGGCAGGCUCUCGUUCAGCCAGUACGAGCAGCAGAUCUGCGCCCGCCGUGAUUUCAUUCGUUGCAUUCGCAAAGAUUCAGAACCUGAGAGGAAGCUGGAGUUUAUGAGGAAGCGAUACCACAAGGACAUUCUGUGCAGCCCCGUCCUGAUGCUCAACUUCUGUCCCGACUUGCUGCAUGAGCCUCUGGAGCUGCACAAAGCCACCAGAGAGCUGCUGUUCCUUGUUGACCGCAGUGGCAGCAUGAGUGGCACCAACAUCCACCGAGUAAAGGAUGCCAUGGUGGUGGCAUUGAAGAGUCUCCCCUCUGGCACCAUGCUCAACAUCGUGGGCUUCGGCACCACCAUCAAGCCUCUGUUCACCUCCAGCAAGCCCUGCAAUGAUGUCACUUUGAUGCAGGCAUACGAGUACGUCCAGAGGAUGAGAGCCGACAUGCGAGGCACCAACCUGCUGGGGGCGCUGUCCUGGGUGUACCAGCAGCCUUUGCAGCGCUCACACCCUCGCCAGGUUUUCAUCAUCACAGAUGGAUCCAUCAGCAAUGUGGCUAAGGUGCUGGAGCUGGUCCGCAGAAACACAUGCGCCUGCAGAUGCUUUGGCCUGGGUCUGGGUCCUCGAGCCUGCAGGAGACUCCUGCAGGGCGUUGCCAAACUGACAGGAGGGACCACAGAGUUCUUCGAUGAGGAGGAGAGACUCCAGCCCAAGUUAAUCAAGUCUCUGAAAAAGGCGUUUGAACCUGUGUUGACUGACGUACGGAUUGACUGGUAUCUGCCAGAAAACAUGGAGGCUUUUCUUUCACCCAAUGAAAUCCCUCCGCUCUACCCUGGAAACCGCCUGAUUGGAUACUGCACUCUAUAUGAUAUGACAAAUAUCAAAGCAAGAAAGACAGACUCUCAAGGUCGGGGCUAUAAAGGUGUACAUCGCGGCUCCACGGGUUCAGUUUUUGGACAAUCAAAUGAUGAGCUUUCUCCCCUCCCUGCCUCCGAGUUAAUGCCUAUGGUGACACCUGCAGAUGGCACCGACUUGGAGGAGGCACUGAGGGAAAUUUCCAGAGAAAUCUCUUCUGAAUUCCCCUGUGCCAAAAACACAGAUCCUGGCACCAGCCCAGGUGUGGAGCUGGACUGGUCCAGUGAUGUGAGGAGGAGGAUCCAGGAGAGCUCUUACAUCCAGGAGCAGUAUGUCCUCACCCGCUGCUCCCUCAGCAGUGAGAGGAGUCUGCAGACACAGUCCCACUCCCACAUACACGCCUCGUCCCACUCUGAAUCCACAGGCGCUGUGUUUCGGCCCGACCCUCUCUCCUCUGGUUCAGUGUUGGAAACAGGCUCUCUACCCCAAGGCCUGGAAAAGAUGGCCCCUCUAGAGCAGAGAUCGUCCCUGUCUCGCUGGGCCGACUCUCCAUGGCAGCCAAACCUCUCCGUAGAAAACACUGAUACCGGGGCAGAAAAGAGUCGGGGUCUGGAUGACGUUGAGGAGACUCGUAGGAGACACAAGUCACUGGCUCGUUCAACCAUGGCAGCGCGAAGCUUCUCAUCUCCACAGGGCGAGCUGGAGAUGCACCGCCUGAGGAGAGCUCUGGAGAGGGUCUCCUUCGACCAAACGCUGGGGGGCAGGCUGGACGAAAGCGAUGGAGAGACGAAGCCCCCAUCAAGGGGCACACUGUCUCGCAGGAGCCUCACUGACUCCAAUGGCCUCCUGUUCCCCGCCUCUCCUCUGGACUGGGACAGCUUCACAGACCCAGAGUACCUCUUCACUGCUGUCCCAGCUGAGGCUCCUCCACCAGGUCAGUGCCGCUCGCUCAUUCACGGCCUGCUGAGCGGCAGACCUGUAUCCUGGGAGGUCACUGUGGACCUUGGGCACCUCUGGACCCCUGAGAGCCAGGAGACACUGGUAACUGAGGGAUGUGGAGGAGGGGAAGAAGAAAAAGGAGGUGAACCAUGGGAGGAGAUGAUUCACCAACUGACUGCUCGCUCAGUGAUCAGGGACUUUGAGAAAAUGGCAGAGAAGGAGAACGACUCUGGACAUGGUUCAGCUAAGAGAUACCGCAUGAAGGCUAUCCAGACCAGUAAGCAUUGUAACAUCAUCUGCAUGUACACAGCCUUCACUACCACUGACCCCAACAAAUGCCUGCCAGACAGCAUGGACGUCGAAAACACAGGGGUGCAUUUGGGGAAUAGGCGGAGUUUCCAGUCAGGCAGUCGCAGGCAGAGGGCCUAUUCUGUUGGAUUAGGCAGACGGCGCACCAGCAGAGACAGUGAAGAGAUGGAGGACACCUGCAACACUACAGACAGAGAUGACACCCCUGCCUCACCCUGUAGCCUUACAUCCUGGGACUCUAGUGUAGGGGGCAGUGCGUACUCUGCUACAGCCUCAGCAAUAUCAGGCGCAUCAUGCACUCGUUCACAGCGAUCUAUCGAGAGCAAGUCGAUGGAAAGCUUCUUUGGCACCAGACUCAGGUCCUCUAUUUCAUCAGGAAAGCAGGUUCCUCUCAAGACCCACUGUCUCUCUGCAGAGACUGAGAAACAACCUGAGACUGAGGCUCCAGACUACCUGCCCCUGGUGCAUUUGCAGCUGGCAUCAGGCGCUUUUCUUCUGACAGAGAUCUACUCGGACUGUGUUCAAAUCACCCUGGACCGCCUGAAGAGGGCCUCCCCCUUCAGCCUCCACCGCCGCAGCCUCAGCCCACCCUUCCGCUGCACAUAUCCCAGUGCUCCGUCUUUAUCCACCUCCACUAAGAUCCCCGGCGCUACCUCCAACCACCAUGUUACCUUUUCUCCUUCCUCGUGCUCCAUAGCCAAACCAACUUCACCUCCUUUCCACCACACUCCAGACGACACUCCCCUAAUGCUGGAACCAAGGCUUCGCCGAAGACACCUGUCCGACAGGGAUCCAGUCACAUCACCAAUGGACCCCCCCAGCUCUGAGGAGGGCUCCCUGGAGCUCUCUGUGGGCCCCUCUCAGGGCCAGGCAGAUAGUGGUCGCGGGUCGGAGACAGAUGUAUUUGAAGUCUCUUCCAUAGAUCCAGCUGACCUCCAGGGGGGCAGCCAGUUGGCUCUGGAGGACCUGGAAGGCUCCAGCUGGGCCACAGCUGUGGCUCUGGCCUGGCUGGAGCACCGCUGUGCCGGGUUCUUCAUGGAGUGGGAGCUGGUGGCAGCAAAAGCAGACUUCUGGCUGCGCUGCCAGGAUCUACCCGAGGGAGUGGACCUGGCGGGGCUGAAGGGGGCCGCCAGACAGCUGUUCCUGCUGCUUCGCCACUGGGACGAGAACAUCAAGCUCAACAUGCUGUGUUACAACCCCAAUAACAUGUGAGGCGAUGACGAGGAAACUGAGUCAGAUCUACUGAUUAUCAUAAUCACUUGUUACCAAUGAUAGUGACUCCUGAGAAGCAAUGCCUUUUAAUGGAAGAGUAAAUCCUGUAUUUCAUCUGCAGGAUAAACUAAUGCCAUAACCUAGUGCCAAGUUCAUUCUAAUAGUAAGUUGAACAUGAAAUAUUUUACAAGUGUAAAACUUUAUAUUUAUGUAAGAAUAUCCUUAAAUGACAGACCAAGUGGCCUUUUUCAUCAUGAAUAUAUAUAUUGCUUUAUGAAAACACAAAAAUGCCUUUACCAUCUGACUAGGAUUUUUCUAGUCUGUCUUCAGUUAAUUUGCUAAAUGUAUAAUCUCAGUCAGUCAGUGUUUAUUUUGAUUACAAGGAUAAGUCUUUGAUACACUUAUUAAAACUUACUUUAAAGUAACAAUCAUUAAUUGAUUUAAUUCAACCAUUUG